AUGUUCGGUAAAAGAAGAUCCAGAAACUCUGUCGCUUAUACUGGGGUCGGGUACCUGGCCUCGACUCACCAUCCAGACAAUGGCGCCAUGGCGGCGGCGUUGACUAUUGGCAAGAAACUGCCUCCGGCCCAGAAUAACGCUAUUCACCAGAAACCUCCUGCCAUUGGCUCUCUGGGCAGUCUUUUGAAGAGAUCGCCUUCGUUGCAAAGUAACUCUAUUCGGUCGACAAGCACCCCAAAUCAUUAUAGAAGGGGCUCGACGUCGAGUGACAGACAUAGCUUUACCCCUAGGGUGGAGUAUUCUGUGGAUGAUAGCUUUACUGAUUCCCAGAUUGAAGAGAUGGGCAGGGACGCUGACGCCCACUAUAGCAACCGGGCCCAGCUUCGGGACUUGAAGCUUUCUCACCUGCCUCCACAGCAACAGGUCAAGAUGGUCAAGAAGUAUGUGCCUACGCCUAAUGGUAUUCAGGUGGUGGAGGUGCCCGAGACUUCUAUGAAACAGGCCAUUGCCCGGUCGAACUCUAUGCGUUCGGGUCUUUCGCUUAACCGUGCUGGUCUGCUUAGUUCGAGGAAUAACCUGCUUUCCCGGAUUCCUAAAUCGCCUUCUAGAUCAGGCUCUCUUACUGCUCAGAACACUGGCCAGAAGAGAGUGACUUCGAAGAGAUCCACUUUGGCUGCUUCUAAGAUUGAUGAAAGCGCUGAAUUGGAGCCUUCUGAGCAAUCCAAGGCUGCUGCUGAAUUGCAACGCCAGAUUGAUGAAGAGAGACAAUUGGCUGCCAAGUUGGAGUCCCAGCGUAAGGAGUAUGAGCAACUUAAGCAAUUGAGACUUCAGAAUGAAAAGCACAGGGCUGAGCUUGAGAGACUUCGUGAGGAAGAGGAAUCUUACUCUCGUCUGCCUUCCCGCCAGACCUCUCCUCACCCAGUGGAAAGCGUUCCUACUAGCAUUUCCACUACCCUUGAUGCUCCUCAUCCUGUUAAGCCUCAAGCUCCUACCCUUAAUGAUCUUCCUGAUGAUACUCCACAGCCUCAGGCUAAUGACGACGCUCCACAGGCCCAGUCCACUGACGAUGAGGAGGUGCCUAUUGAGCCUGUUCCAUUUGCUGUUGACGAGUUUGAGCAGAAGAAGGCUGGCAAGAACCCUGAGAAGUUGCCUACUUCCAUUGGUGAUCAAGAGGAAGAUGUCACCAGCACUUACUCCCUUGAUGACGCCAGUGUCACCCACGCUGUGACGGUUACUGCUGCUGAAAUUGAUACUGAUGAUGUUAUCCAGAACUAUGCUGCCUUGGGCGCCGCUGGCGGAUCUGAGGAAGACGAAUUUGGUAUUGUUGAAGUUCCAAAUGAGACUGAAUCGCCAACCCUUGCACAGCAAGUCAAGUCUAGACUCAAUGGCAAUGGUAAAGAUAGCAUUGCCUUGCCUAAUGAUGUUGAUUCGAUUUCUGAAUCUACUACUCCUAAGUUUGAUCCAACUCCAGAGAUCAUCCAGGAUGAGCCACAAGUUGACACUCUUGCCCACCCACCUAAUGCUGCUGGUUUGGCUUCUUCCAUCAAGAGUGGUAGCAGCAGCGACUCUAGACCUAUCAAGUCAGCUAUGAAGAACUCCAGAUCCACCUAUGCCUUGAACAACAACUCUAACUCCAAUGCCAAUGUCAGUCCAGCCCAACAAGCUUACUUGUCAUUGACAACUGCCGAGAACACAAGACUCAAUUCCAAGUUGUCAUCUGGCCAGCUUAAUGAAAACGACUCUCUCAGUCCACAGCAUCAUGCUCAUCCUGGUCCUCCUCGUUCCCCAGUGCAUGCUCAAAAGCUCUCUGCUACGACGCUUAGAAAGACUCAGCACCCUCCACAACAUCAACAGCAUCACCAACAACAGCAGCAACAGCAGGGUGGUCUUUCUGACCGUUCCCUCAGACCUAGAACAACCUCUGAUGCAUCAUACAAUCGCCAGUCAACUGGAGGUGGUAUGAGCAGCCGUACUUUCAAGAGUUCGCAGCCUCAGGGUCUUCCUCCUCAUCCAUACAACGGUCCAAACUACCACUCUCCUGCUAAGGCUAAGGCUGCUGAAUUGUUUGCUAAAGCUAACAACAGACCAGCUUCUACUGCCCAUCCAUUGAAGAGAGAGUCAUCUUUCAACAAGGGUUCAGAAGAAGGCAAGGCUGAGAACAAUACUGCCCACCAGCCACCACAAAGAAACGGUAAACAUCGCUUUACGCUCAGACAUGAUGCUGGUCAGCAAGGAGCUCAGCAGGGCGGUCUCACCGCUGCCGCUGCUACCACAGCUCAUGCCAAUAUUCAACAACAAGCACAGCAACAAGCACAGCAAAUUGUUCAACUCGAGCAACAGCAAAAGCAACAACAACAGCCCCCACAGCAGCAGCAACCUGCUGCUCGCUCUCACGAGCAAAGAGGCGGAGGUUUCAAGGGCUUCAGAUCUAGAAUUGCUGAUUCUGAUGAGGAAGACAAUGUCAAGCCAGCUCAAGGUGGUGGUUUCCGUUCUAGAUUCCGUGAUCUGGAGGAGCAAGCUCCUGUUCAAGAAGGACCUAUUACUACGUUGAGAGAACCCAAGGUGGAUCCAGCUUUGGAAGAAAAGAAACCAAAAAAGAAGAAGAAGUUCUUGAAGAAAUUAUUCGGAAAGAACUAG